AUGGCAGAGUCGGAGAGAGACAGCCUGGCAGGCGGCCAGGGUGCACCACUGGAGGAGUCUGGCGAGGGAGCAGGCGUGGGGCAGGCCGUAGCAGCGGUUGAGAGCUGGCUAGCGCAGCAGCCGGUGGCGCCAGACACUGCAGCGCAGCAGUCUCUUGAGGUGCUGGCACGACAAUUCAGCAACCUUUCCAGAGAGGAGGGCCGCAGGAGGCUCAUGGACGCAGCUGAGGAUUGGGACAUGGAGGAGAUCAUGGCACUGGUGGCGGCAGGGGCAGACGUAAGGGCUCGGGACGAGUGCGAGAGUACAGCUCUCCACAGGGCAGCGGAGAGCGGACACGUGGAAGCGGUGAAGUGCCUGCUGGAGGCUGGGGCAGAGGUCGACGCCAGGGACCGCAGACAAGUCACACCCCUGCACUUGGCUGCGUACGAGGGCCACACACCUGUGGUGCGGCUGCUGCUUGGGGCCUCAGCUGACCCCAACGCUAGAGAUCUUGAAGGGAGGACGCCACUGCACGAGGCAGCAAGAGGACCAUGUAGACACUGCCACUGCACUGAUUGGGCAAACAGCAGGGACAGGGAUCCAAAGGAAGACAAUCCCUUUGAGUAUCGCCAGACAGCAGAAUAG